AAUUUCAACUUCCAUUUCCUGAGCAGUUUGAAAGUUGAUCAUUUAAACGGACUAAUAGUUAAUUUUAAUCUUGUUUCUAUUAAUUGUUUACCCCAAGUUAUUGACGAUUAAAUUUUAACAUUGUCCCAGUUUUAUGUGUGUUUCUUAAUUGUUUCAAUUUCACCACAUAACCAAUAUGAAUUAUCAACGAGAAGAGUAUGACAUUGAAGCGGGAUAUUAUCUCCAUAGGGAGAAACUUGGUGAAGGUGGUUUCAGUAAAGUUCGGUUAGCUACUCAUCUUUUGACUGGUCAAAAAGUGGCUGUUAAGUGUAUGGACAAAACUAAACUUGGUGAAGAUUUAUUUCGUGUGAAAACCGAGAUUAAUGCUCUUAAAACUCUUGAUCAUCAGCAUAUUGCUAAACUGUUACAAGUCAUUGAAACAGAACAAAUGAUUUAUCUUGUUUUAGAGUAUUGUAGCGGCGGUGAACUUUUUGAUUAUAUUGUUUCUAAAAAUCGAUUAAGUGAAAAAGAAUCUCAGGAAAUUAUGGGCUGUCUUGUCCAUUGUUUAGCUUAUCUUCAUUCCAACGGCUUUGCUCAUCGUGAUCUCAAACCAGAAAAUAUACUUUUCGACAAAAAUCAUAAAAUCAAACUAAUUGAUUUUGGAUUAGCUGCUCAGUCCAAAGAUAAUCCACAAAAUUUACAAAACCUACGAACAUGUUGUGGUAGUCCAGCUUAUGCAGCUCCUGAACUCAUAUCAGGUAAUAUUUAUUCUGGACCUGCAGUUGAUGUUUGGAGUGCUGGAGUUAUACUUUAUGCUCUUCUUGUUGGACAACUUCCUUUUGAUGAUGAUAACAUGGGAAAUCUUUACAAAAAGAUUCAGGCUGGCAAGUUUAGUAUGCCUAGUUGGUUAUCACCCGAGGCCAAAAGUCUCAUCCAAUCAAUGAUCCAAGUUGAUCCUAAAAAGCGGGUCACUGUUAGAGAGCUUCUCGAAAAUCCUUGGAUCAAGGCUUAUUUGCCCAACCAAAGUGUUGAAGUCCAAAAAAAUGUUUUCGACGAAGAGGUUUUAUGGCAAGUUCACAAAUAUUUUCCUACUCUGAGUUACACAGAAUUGAGAUCAAAUAUUAUUCGUAAAUUUGGCUAUCAAACAGCAACCUAUUGGUUGCUCAAAGAGAAAAAGCGACAUGGACUUAAGAGUCCUCUUGCAAAUAUUCCCAGAAAUUUAGCUGUCGCUACUCCUCCUCGAACAACACCAAAGACUGUUACUACUCCAGUUUCUGUUAAUACUCCAACUCGUAGAACUCCUAAAGUCAUAAUUAGAGCCAAAAUUGACGAAGUUCAAGCUUUCAAGACGCCUAAACUUUCAACUUUCAAACCUAAAGGGUCAGAAAAUCAGAAUACACCUCAAAGUCUCAACACUUCUGGUUCUGGUCCAAACACUCCGAACUCCAAGAUACCAAUCUACCUUAAAUCUGGAGAAAGAGGCUCAUCUCCUUUAGCCGUUGUCGCUAAUACACCUAAUUCAUCACGAAAACGAAAGCUUUUCGGUGAUAUUGUUCCUGGCAGUGAGGAUAAUCAAGCUGCUGAUUCAGAAAACUAUUCCACACCACCAAAACGACCUCCACCCUUACAAACGCCCAAGAAGAGUUUGUUGAAGAAAAUCAUUGAAUCAGCUACUCCAAGUAGAAAACACCCAAGAAACAUAACAUCUUCUGCUCCGACCACAACUCGAAACAUAACGAUGACCAAAUUCUCUGACCCUCAAAUUUGUAUUGAGAAACUCAUGCAAGCUCUCAUUCAAAAAGGAAUCGACUGUAAACGUAAAGGAUUCGUUCUGAGUUGUGCCUUGAAUAACAAGUAUCAUUCUAUGUGCUCAUUUAACUUGGAAAUCUGUGUAUUCGGUGAUAAAUGUGCCAUCCAACGAAAAAGACUGAAGGGAGAUGCUUGGCAUUAUAAAAGAAUCUGUGAAGAAAUCCUGAGGAUUAGUAACGAAAUUUACCAGUGUUAAUUGUUUCCUCUUUUUAAAGUCAACAAUUAAUUUGAAUUUGACGCUGGCACUUGCACCAUAAUGAAGACGUAAAAAUUACGGAAAUUUUUUUAACUCCUUUUGACUUGAUCGACUUUAAAUCACAAUAUGUGUUCAAAAGUAGUGUUUCAACAAUACUCUUGAUGAUAUUUAUAUAAUAAUUAUUGUAUUAUACUCGAAAAAGCACCGAGAAAAAUAUGAUGAAAUCAGAAUGGAAAUUGUGUAUCUUGAAAAAACAAUUUAAUGUAUAUUUUAUAUAAUAAUUAUGAUAAUCAUUGUAUAAAUCUCUAUAUAUCCCCUCUUAACAAACGUAUAAGAAAUGUAAUCAUUUUUAUAAUUAAAACACAAACGAUUUUUGUGAAAUCA